AUGAACGAGUUGCCGUCUUCACAGGGCCUACAAGAUGACCUUCGGGGACUGGAAAGCCACCUGUUGGCCGCGGCGAGGCACCUUCAAGAGGCAACUAUUACCAUUGACAAAAGAAUGGCCGUGAUUCUGCAGGACAAUCUACAAGCCGGGCCUGCCAUGGUCGACGUUCCAGAGUCUGAAGGACUUCUGUUUGGUAACGACAGAAAAGACGACCACGGCGACCAGGACGACCAGGACGAAGAUGACAAUAGCAGUGACAACGACGAGGACAGCGACGAUGACGAGGAUGACAUGCUGGACAAAGCAGAGCUGGAGGCAUACUUUAACGGCCUAGAGAAUGGGAUUAUUGGACAAGGCUUGAAGCACGGCAUCCACCCGUUCCCGCAUCAGGUUGAGGCUGCUGCCGCCAUGCUCAGCGCGAGAAAGUCGAAAUUCAAGGGAAUGAUCUUGGCAGACCGUCCAGGCCUAGGGAAGACUCUAUCCUCGUUGAUGGCCAUUGCAGCCUCCGACCGCACCGGCCGCGGCCCUUGUGUCGUGGUUGCGCCCACAUCGUGCUGUUCUCAAUGGGUUGCGGAAGCGCGCCGUUUUCUCUCCAACGCCGUUCGGGUCAUCCUGGUCACAACCGAAGAUGUUUCGCCAGUAGAGGUCUAUAGCCACGACCUGGUGGUCACGUCCUACUCGCAUCUGGCAGCGGAGAUCUCUAGGAGACGACGAUUCGAGAGAGACAUGAAGGAGUUCACACGCCGGCCACGGGGCUGCGAACCAAAGGUGCCUCACCUGUCACUCUUUUCCGGCUUCUAUAAGCCCAAAUCCAAUCCGUGGGGUGAGUUUCUCAUAUUGGACGAGGCCCAUACAAUCAAGAACACGAACACACUGUCACACUUUGCCGUCUCUCAGUUUCGCGACAAUUUCGAUACCUGCAUCAUGCUGUCCGGGACACCAUUGGACAACACGUGGCAGGAUGGUUUUGGCUUGGUGUCGAUGCUUCGUGGUCACCCAUUUUCAACGCUCCCUUUGUUCGUCAACACAUUUUCAGAAGAACCUAAAAAUAAACGGGGCGUGAGAGUCCCGGAUGGCGAUUUCCUCGAUAGGUCGAUUCAGUUCUUCAAGGCCGUUUUACUGCGCCGCCCGCAGUCGACCAUCAACGACCUCCUCCCUCCUUUGACGCGGCACAGGAUCACUUUUCCCCUGCCAGAAAUAGAGCUGGUGCACUCCAACAAACUCUUUAAAAAGUUCACGGAUGCCGCCGGCAAGAUUGAUCGAGGCGGUCAAAGCAAGGGAAAGGGAUCAAAGCACAAACAAACACGUGAAGACGCAGCUGAAGCAUUUUCCCUGUUGUUUCAAUCCCAGCAGAUAGCGUACCACCCCCAGUUGUGGAGCGUCCCGUGGCUCGAGGAUGGGCUUCUCGACCCUGGUGACCCCGAUGACCCUGACCAUGACAGCCUGUGCUGCGACAGGGACGCCAGUACCAGAACGGAGUUGUUGUCACAGCUGGAAGAGGGCGAGGGCUGGCGGUCAGCUCGCGUGGAAGCCGUUUUGCGCACGGUUAUGCAACACAGACAUGCCCGCCCCGGAGACGCCAUUCUCGUCGUAGAUGAGUACGUUCUGUUCCUUUCGAUCCUGAAAGUCGCAUUUCGGAAGUUGCAUCCAGAAACAAAGGUCUUUAGCUACGAUGGAAGCAUCCCUGCCGACGUGCGGAGCUGCGUCCUCCAGUCGUUCCGGGAGACGACCGAGCCCAAAGUGAUGCUUCUAAGCCGCGGCGCCAGGGGUGUGGGACUCAACAUCCAAUGUGCAAAUGUGGUCAUCCAAUGCUGCCCAUUCUGGAAGCAAACGUGGGAGGACCAGGUCAUUGGCAGGGUGUACCGACCUGGUCAAAGCAUGCCAGUAUUCGUGUAUACGAUUGUGGCUGAGGGUUGUCAGAUUGAGGCGCAUAAGGAAAUGCGAAGAGACGAAAAGCAUGCCAUUAAUGAGAAAAUAUUAGAUGGCGUUACCUCAAAGUAG